GGCCGCGUCAGUAGCCCGGCUCGCGCGCGCGGGACGGUCGUGUGUUGUCAUGCCAGCCCCCCGCGCCCCGCAUCCCCGCGAUCGAGUGUAGUGCCGCUAGUGACCCAGUGGUGGUGGCUUAUGUGGAGGAGCGGGAACACGCGAGCGCUCUGAACGCGUAAGUGUUGCGUAAACAAACCCGCAACUUCGCUAGAGAUGUUCCAAAGUUUGCGAAACUUCAUCUUUCAAACUUUAACUAUUACCCCCUGAACCCGUUUCAAACUCGCGGGAUAUCAAUUUUGCGCAGUGACAUAAACUUAGCAGACGGAUGUGGCCGAAUUGACUGCGUGAAUACGAAGGAUGUGAAGUGAUAAUGAGGUAGUUUCUCCGCCGUAUCUGCGAUCAACGGAUCAAAGGCGCGAUACCAUCGCAGUUCGGCGCUAGAAGACGCAACAUGUGCGCGCGCGCUUGGCGUCUACACGCGUUCACAGCCGCGCUCGUGUUCGCCGCGCAUCUCAUCAAAGUGUUGUCGUGUGGCGAGGCGGGAGGCGGCGCGGGCGCCGGUGCGGGCGCGGGCCGCGCGCGCCGCUACGUGGGGCUCUACACCGGCCCUUACUUCGACCCCGCCGCGCCUAACAACAUCACAGCGCAACUGGGGACACACGCUUACCUACCCUGCAAGGUGCGGCAGCUGAGCAACAAAUCGGUGUCGUGGAUCCGGCGACGCGACGCGCACAUCCUCACCGUGGACCGCUUCACGUUUAUCGCGGACGAACGCUUCCAGGCCUUCCUCGUCGAGGCUACCGACACCUGGACGCUGCAGGUGAAAUACGUGCAGGCGCGCGACGCAGGCGUGUACGAGUGCCAGGUCGGCACGGAGCCCAAGAUGAGUCACUUCGUGCAGCUCAACGUCGUCGUGCCGAAAAUCGAGAUCGCGGGCGAAGCCGAAGUGUUCGUGCGCGCCGGCAGCACCGUGCGCGUGACGUGCGUCAUCACGCAAGCGCUGGAGGAGCCCGCCUACAUCUUCUGGUACCACAACGGCGCCCGCGUCCUGGACUACGACCGCAGCGCCCGCGACAUACGCAUGGAGCGCCGCGCGCCCGACACCACGGUGGGCGACCUGGUGAUGUACAACACGCGGCGCGAGGACUCCGGCAACUACUCCUGCGCGCCCUCCAACCUGGACUCCGCCUCCGUCGUGCUCCACGUGCUCAGCGGCGAGCAACCGGCGGCGAUGCAGCACGGCAACGCGGCGGCGCUGCCGGCCGCGCUGCCCGCCCCGCCCGGCCGCCGCCUGCUGCUCGCCGCGGCGCUCGCGCUGCUGCUGCCAAUAUUCUGUCACGACGAAGAGCGCGAGCCGCACGUGCGACACUAGCGGCGCCCGCCGGCGCUCGCGGCGCGCCGCACUGCAGGCGCCCGGCGCUAGGAGGCCCGCACUGCCACCGCCCGCCGCGACGGCGCCCGGCGCUAGGAGGCCCGCGUCGACUGCGCCCCGCCUCGAGGCGCCGCGCCACACGUCCACUUACAUUACUUAUUGUACAUUUCGAUACUUCGAGGGUGUGAAAGUGAAAGGACGCUAUAGCUAUACCCUUGUACAUUGUACAUAUUACGUCUACUAUAUUAAUGAAGUAAUAUAAAUAUAACAGCCGCCGGGCCACCGGCAGACAUCGAACUUUACAUAUUUUCAGGAUUUGUUAACAGUACAAACUAAAGGAAUUGUGUUGCGUGUGUGGGUUAUUCACUCCGGCCCGCUCCCGUGACGUCACUGAAAACACCUGACCUGAUCACCCGGGGGGCUAGGAUGGGCGAGCUUUUCUGUCGUCGUAGCUGUCGCUUUCUGAUAAAUAUAAACAUGAGAGUGGCGCAAGACAUGAUAGUCGAUACAAUGCAACCCUUAAAUUAUAUUUCAUAAAAUCAUCGUAAAUUUUUCCUAGGUUCUCCAGGUGAUUGUGACAAAAUGUAUUGAUACCUUAGGUGUCUCAGUGACUGACAGUCAAGCAUAUAUGGACAGCCAUUUUAUUUUGACUCUGUGUAAAUAUAGUAAACAGUGAAGGGUCGACGGGCCGCAGUGGGCCGCCGUAGUCCUUUUGCGUACAAAAGCCCUGUAGUACCUUCUUUACUAAACUCCAACUUAAAGGUACUAACGAGCAUCUGGCCAGCUAAUCAUUCAAAAAUCAAUCAGUCAAGCUUUCAUUUUUAAGUUACGUCAUAACAUUGAUGUAGAUAAAAAAUAAGUAGUAAGCUGGCUUGAACUGUCUGAAAUGACGACGGCGGCGUCUUAUGUUCUUUACGUUAUCCCGGGUCGUAAGUAGCAGUUUACCGCAUGUUACGGCAGAAAAUUCUACUUACGAACCAAAGGCAAACGUAAAAUUGUAUACAAAUCACAAGCAUAAUAAAGAAAGCUUCAGAUCGCAAGAUCAUUCUGCUUGUAGUAAUACAUGCGUUCUGAAGCGUUCUUUGUUGCAAUGCCAGUAUGUAUGUAUUACCGUUAAACAGUGGAGUUUCGUUACACUGUUACUGCCUCACUUGUAAAUAAUUAAUGAUAAGGAUACGAAUAAAGAUGAGAUCGUUGAAACAUUCA